AUGAAAUCUGCAGUUAAACCUUCAUCAUCAUCCAAACAUUUGUAUUACUUUCCACUCAGCACAAUUAUCGUGGAUGGAUCAACAAGAAGUUUGUCAUCCAUGCUUUCUGAGAAAGCCACAACAACAGAAGAGGAAGUUAUUAGAAAGUCAAUAAUGAGUAGAAGUAAGAGUGUUUCGUCUGCUUCAGGUUCUUUCGGUUCUACUCAACUUACAGUUGGUCCACUCUAUACGAAUGAUUCGUCAUCUGGUUGUAGUAGUUCUCCUUCACAAUUAACUAUUGAUAGCAAUGCAACGUUUACUGAAUUUCAUGAUGGAAGAUCAUUCACGGUUCCAUGCAUUGUCGAAUUGAGAGAUCGCUUUCAACAAUAUUUAAAGUCAACUAGUGGAAAUUCUGGUGAUUUCCUAUUGAAAUUGCAUAAAUUAAUGUUUUUAGAUGAGUUUUAUGAUCCAACAAGGAAUAGAAGAAAGAGAAUUGAGAAUUGUGAAACAUUAUUCAGAAUGUGUGAUCAAUAUUUGACAUUGAUUCAUAUUCAAUCAAAAAAUUCACUUUCCUUUUCAUUAUUAGAUACAUUUCCAUAUUUGUAUAACUUCGAGGAAAUGCAAAAGAUUCAACCUGACAAUUCCAUUUUGAAAAAUCACGAAUAUUUGGUGAAAUGGUUCAGAAAACAAUCUGAAAAUUUAAAGAAAUAUUUGUCAGAGAAAGCUAGUCAAGAAAUUGAAGUUUCCUCUUCACCUGAAGAUAAUACUGGAAUGUUCUUGUCACCUUCAGUAUCAUCAACAACACUAAGUUUUGUAAAUUCUCCAACAUUGUCAUUCCCUGGAAGUGAUGUUGGACAGCCACUAGAAAAGACAAAUCCCUCUUCUCAAUUAUUACUAGAAUAUUUGGAUGAAAAUGAAUUGAAAAUGUUAAUUUACAUGUUGAGUUCUGAAUUGGAAGAUUACUUUUCACUUUUUCAAAAAGCUAAUCCCAAGUUUGUUAAAAAGUGGUUGGAAAAGAAUGUAAAGAGUUUGCCAAACUAUAUUAUUGACACAAUUUCCAAAAAGAGAAAGAAAUAUUUACACUAUCAUGAAAACUACAAAUUAACUGAAGAAGAUUUGAAUAUGAAAACAAUUCUAGACUCUGAUUUUGAAUUCAUUCAAUAUUUGGCCGAACAUACUGAAGAUUGGAAGAUUCUAAUGGAUUCAAAUCCAAUAAUAGCAGGAUUUAAAUCAAAAGAAAAUUAUUGUAAAUUUACUGACAUGAAAAUGCAAAAAUUCGUUACAACGGUCAAUUAUUCACUGGAAAAUGUAUUGAAAACCAUGUUUGCUAACAUUGAAGAAUUAGGAGGUAGUGAUAACAUGAUUGAAAGUUCUGAAUAUCAUCACUAUACUGAAAUUGAUCCUUCCAUUUCGAAAACGUGCAUUGGAAAAUGUCAUGUCAUGCAAGGCAACAUUUUGUGGAGAUGA